AUUCUCGGCGAGAGAAGGUAGCCGAGCCGAGAGUGCUCGGCCCGACACCAGUCAAGAAACCAGCUGGGGCCUGUGCCGAACGAUUCGAGCGCCUCUGCACGGGACUCGGAGCUGGAAGUCGUGCGAGUCCCGCUCGAGACGGCCAGUGUGUCGCAAGUGCGCCGCAAGUCGUGUUGGAUAUAUACGAUCGUCCCGCGACCGGACCGAGCGGAGACCGAUAAUCGAGGCCAGAAAACGAUUUUUCAUCGUGAACCAGUUCGCAUAUCGCAAGGUGUGUUUGACGCGGCGGUGUCGAGUGCCGCGAAACCAUGAUUUCCGCUCCAUAGAGAGCCCGAACAGUCCCUCAACGAGAGUUCGCGGUGUGCUACGGACCCAAUAGGUGCAUUGCCGGAGAACGCGUCUGUUCCGUUCGCUGUUCCGUUUCUUCUCUUCUUCUUAGCUCGAUUUCCGAUCGGGAACCAUGUACUCCGACGGUCACGAGGUGGACGGCAGCUGGGUGCUGCGUGUCUACGUGACCGAUCUUCAAGUGGAGAGGAGUUUGCGAGUCAAAGGGGAAUUGCACAUCGGCGGUGUCAUGCUACGUCUGGUCGAUGAUCUCGGCAUCACGAUGAAUUGGUCGGACCACGCUUUAUGGUGGCCAGAGAGGAAUCAUUGGCUGACAAGGACGAGGAGCACCCUCGAUCAGUACGGCGUCGCGGCUGACGCGCGGCUUCACUUCACGCCGAUGCGCAAAACGCUGAGAGUCCAGUUGCCGGACAUGCGUUGCCUCGAUUGCAAGGUCGACUUCUCCGUGAAGACGUUCAACGCAGUAAUUAAUCUCUGCAAAGAAUUAGGUAUCAGACAUCCGGAGGAGCUCUCGUUUUGCAAGCCGCUCGAGCCGAACCACCUGAAGUACAAUUUGAAGGAUCUGCCGGCGAAGAAGAAGAUCGAGAGCCACAAGAAUGGUCACUGGAACGUGCCCGCGGACACGAACACGUUCAUACCGGUCAGCCAGAGUCCCAAGGGAUCGACGGGCAGCCUGGACCAGAGCAGCCCUUUCAUGUGCGCGCCGGUCACACCCAACAACAGAAAUCACAGCACUCCGAUCAGCUCGCCGGUGUCGCAAACCGGUACGUGGAAGAGGAACAACAACUCGUCCGGUUUCGGUAGCUCGGACUCGUUCAACGCGAACAACAGCACGAUGAGCCUGGAAGCGCUGAACGGCGCGCUCUCCGAGUCCCUGGCGCAGAGCCCUACCUCGAUCUCGCCGGAGGUGCGGGCGAAAUUGGUCAGGCCGAAGAAUCUCGUGGAGCGCGCCCGUAUGAACGUCGCGUGGCUCGACUCGUCCCUGUCCAUCAUGGAGCAGGGGAUCCGCGAGUUCGACACGCUGCGGCUCAAGUUCAAGUUCUACUCGUUCUACGACCUGAACCCGAAAACCGACGCGGUCAGGAUCAACAUGAUGUACGAGCAGGCCAAGUGGCAGCUCCUCGCCGAGGAGAUCGACUGCACCGAGGAGGAGAUGCUGAUGUUCGCGGCACUUCAGGUGCAGGUGAAUCUGCAGGCGAGCGUGCCGCAGCCGAGCUACGACAGCAACGGCGCCUCGUCGCCGGUCGAGGACGACAUCGACGCGGCCCUGACGGACCUGCAGGUCACCCUCGAGGGCAGCAACAUCAGCAACGGUCCGAGCGACAUCACCCAGGUGCCGGAGCUGUGCGACCACCUGCGCUUCUCGAAGCCGAAGCGCUUCACGCUGAAAGCGUUCAAACGCUACUGGGUCACCUGCCGAGACCUUCAGCUCAGGCUGUACAAGACGCGGGAGGAGACGAACAGCACCGAGUCCCCGGCCCACGUGAUCAACCUGCGCGGAUGCGAAGUCACGCCCGAUGUCCAUCUGUCGCAAGGGCGCUACGGAAUCAGGCUCGAGGUGCCCAGCGCCGAGGGCAUGACCGAGAUGUGGAUCAGAUGCGACAACGAACAGCAGUACGCGAAAUGGAUGGCGGCGUGUAGACUGGCGGCCAAAGGCCGCACCCUCGCCGAUUCCUCCUACGAAAGCGAAGUGAAUAGCAUCAUAGCCUUCUUGCAAUUGCAGAGGCCCGCCCCUGCACCUGCGAUCAAUCCGAACGCCCUGGAUAUUGUACCGGAAGACUAUGUCGCGCCUAGAUUCGUGAAGAAAUUCAAGGGAAAACUGGUUCAGAGAAUUCUGGAAGCGCACGCGAACGUGAAGGAUCUUCCUCUGAUCGAGGCUAAACUGAAUUACAUAAAGGCAUGGCAGUCUUUGCCCGAGUACGGCAUCGCGCUGUUCGUCGUUCGGUUCACGGGGAAAAGCAAAGACGAGCUGUUGGGCAUCGCGAAUAACAGGUUGAUGAGGAUGGAACUUCACAGUGGCGAUCACUUGAAGACCUGGAGAUACAACACCAUGAAGGCGUGGAACGUUAACUGGGAGGUGAAACACAUGAUGGUGCAGUUCGAGGAGGAGAGUAUAAUUUUCGAGUGCCAGUCCGCCGACUGUAAGGUCGUCCACGAGUUCAUCGGAGGUUACAUAUUCCUCUCGAUGCGAUCCAAGGAGGUGAACCAAACGCUGAACGAGGAGAUGUUCCACAAAUUGACCGGGGGAUGGGUCUAAGGGAUCGUUGGACGUCCGUGGAACCGCGGGAAGCGACGGAACCCGUUCUCCGAUAGCUUCCGACGCGCCCGACGUAGCCUCGAUUUACCCAUUUAUUCUUAUCGUUCGUUUUUUGGAGGAACAAAGAAAAUCUCCGAUCAGAUAGGAACGACGCGACACGCAUGUUGGCUGACAUUUGUAAAAAAUACUUAACUCUAUACACUUAGGCACGCUUUAUUCUAAGAGACUUGUAAAUAGGUGAACAAGUUGUCCGUAUACAACUGCCAAGAUCGUAACAGAUCGUUACGUCGCGAAUUAGGGGACGAGAAGACUCGGGAGAAUCCGUUUCCAGCGGAUUUAAGAUAACUAAGAUAACGUGUUGAUAACCGUGUUACUUUUUGUACAUGACAAUGAUAAGCAGUUUUUAUCCGCUGAGAAUCUUGUUACGGAACACGCAGCGACGCUGCGCCUCGUUCAGCCGAGAGAAACACGCACAACGAUCGACCCAUAAACAGAUAAAACCGCGCCCUUUUCUACACGCGACGCCGUUGAUUAAGGUCAUGAACGAAUUAAUAUUUUUAGACCGAUAAGCAUGCCUCCCCCUCCUGUACUCUCUUCAACCCAGUCCCCCCAGCCCCCCUCCGACCAUCCCUAGAGAAUGUUCUCAAUGAUUUUUCGACGGCCGGCGUUGGGCCAAUCUCUCUCGGGCGAAUACAUGUAUCUUUUCUUUCACAUCAUGGGGUGCUAUACCGAGCGAGAUUGCCCCCCAGGAAUUCGACCGGCACAUUGAAUCGUGUAAAUUAUUUGUUGUUUUAAUGUAAACUAUAUAUCUAUUAAAAAAAACAAUAUUUACCUGUACCGUUGCAUAUUAUCUAUCUACAUAUAGAGGUCACGUUACCGAAUGUGUAAUCAGAAAAACUAUAGUUUUGUAUAUUGAUAGAUGCUAGUUGUACAAUAAACCUAAUUAUUACUAACCCCCUGGACACCGUCAAUAUCUC